AUGGCUGUUGUAUAUGUAUGCAGACAUGGUCAAGAUGAAGACAAUCUUAUGGGAAUUUUAAACGGCCGUCGUGAUCGCCCGCUCACGGGAUUAGGCCGAGAACAGGCAACUGUCGUGGGAGAUCGUCUAAGGCGCAGCGGUGUUGUUUAUCAUGCGAUCCUCACAUCUCCACUUCGUCGUGCGGAGGAAACCGCACGUAUUAUUGGAUCCGCUCUUGGAGUUCCCGUUACUCAAGAGGAGGAACUGGUGGAACGUGAUUUUGGUAUAUUAACUGGAAAACCCAUUUCAGAGAUUAAAACGUAUGCGGGAGAUAAUGUUUUUCAAGGGGAUAAAGUACUUUAUUUUCUUUCGGUUAAAGAUGCAGAAACAUUUGAGGAUUGUUAUAAAAGAGCGGCGAGUGUCCUGCAAAGAGUAGAUGCGGCGUUUGCAGGGAAAAAUGUACUUUUAGUGUGUCAUGGGGAUAUUGGUAAAAUGCUGCAGGCUGUGCGUAAAAACAUUUCUUGGGAGGAAGGUCUUCGGAUUCCAUAUUUUGCCAAUACGGAAGUAGUAAAACUAUAA